UAAUGGCGUUCGAUUGAAAGAAGCAGACGAGCCAUGGAUGCCUCCCGCCGGGGCAUAUAUGACGCUGCCCUCAUGGGCAUCUUGUCCAACGAAGGUCAAAUAUAUCCGUUCCUAGAUGCCAUCUUCGAUUUCCUCUAUCGCCGUACUGACUUCUACCGAAUCAAGUCCUCUCCCUCCGACAAGCUUGGAUUUUCUCCAGGCGUUGCAAGGCGCAUAGUGAGAGCGGCCUUCGAGUCGUACAACAAGCUUGCAAAUGAGGCCCAAAAGAAGACAGGCCCUGCUGCCCCGGUCAUAACCCAGCCUGAAGAGUUGCUCCAAAUCGCUACUGAGGUCGAAGUUGAGACCACCACCUCGGACGAUACGAUUGAAUCGACUACGAGUGAGAGUGUAGCAGCUGAACCGGUGGAGACCGUUGCCACUGCUGCAAAGUCAAAGUCCCAGUGCUCGCAGAAGGGAGACGCUGACAACGUCGAGCCCACAGAAAACGGCAAGGCGGAUGGCCCCAGCAUUAGCGCCCCAAAAGCAGGCGAUGAAAAUGGGGAUCCCGACUAUGAUCCUGUGCAGGCCAAGUUUCAGAGCCAUCCUGAGAGUUACAAUGGUGCCAUCCGCGACAACUACUGCUGGAGCCAGAGCAUUCGAGACCUCGAUGUCCGAGUCAAGGUUGGCCCUGACGUGACGUCACGAAACCAGGUCCGAGUGACCAUCCACCCGAACCACCUCAAGGUGGAGCUGCUGGACCUCGUGACAAAGACGUGGGCGGUGCACGUUGACGACGACCUGCACUCCCGCAUCAAACUCGACGAGUCCAUCUGGACCCUGGUGCCCGGGGACCACGUACUGGUGAACCUGGAAAAGGCCACCGAAUUGUGGUGGGACCGACUGCUCGUGAACGAGCCCAAGAUCAACAUUCGUGCCAUCGACCCGACCAAGCCCUUCGAGGACCUAGACCCAGAGUCUCAAGCCAAAAUCCAGGAGCUGACUUACAACAACAUGCUCAAGCAGGCUGGACGCAAGACUCCCCAGGAAGAGAAAGUGGAGAACCUGCUCCGCGAAGCUUGGGACAAGGAUGGGUCGCCAUUCAAGGGGCAGCCCUUUGACCCCAGCAUUGUGAACUUGACGGGGUGCAACAGCAACAUCUGACAACUUCUCUUCUUCGCUUGUUUUGCCAUCUUUCAAGUUCCUAUCCUUGCCUAGAGCACAACACUUCAACGGUGUGCAUGUGUGUGUGUGCGCGCACUAUUCACAACGACUGCGACACCCAGCGUUGGCUGAGUGGCUCACUGUGAAGUGUCUCUUGCAUACCCAAACUUUGACAGCACCUGACCUUCUCCUCAUUAAGAACUGACCUUUGCCUACGUGUGACAAGAGCCAUAUGCGACCACUGCGCAGUGCUCCUGAUAUCAGUGACAGUGCAGAACGUUACCUGAAACCUUGCCAGCAGCAAGAAAAAGGGUUUGAGAAGAACAGCAUUGCACCGUUGCUGUUUUACAAACUCGGCACACUAGCUCCUCCAGUCUUUCUCAAGUGUGUGUGGUCUACGCAAUUAAGGUGUUGGAAAGAAUGCCUCCUUGCGACUGCAACUAGUCCUCGCAGUGACAGCCGCUGUUCUUCCAAAACUAAAUUAUUGUCGUUAUUAAAAGUCUGAACAGCGUUUCAAACUUUAAUGUGUGCCAAGAAAAGUGGUUUAGCAGGGAUGCUGCUUGAACUUUGACCCUGUUUUGCAAGUUUUCGAUGCCUCUGGAAAGAACAGCGUGCACUGGCAGCUCAUUCAGUCAAAAUAGCUGCAUUUCUGAUGGGGUCUGCUGCUGUCAAUGUGUAAACGUUGUUCGAGACAGCAUUCUGUCAGGUUAGCCUGGUACAAAUUUCAUUUAUUAGGAGUGCUGUGCAAUUUUGCAGCUGUCAUGGGGGCACCAGCAGUUUCCCUUCCACUCCUGUGUUUACGGUAGUUUCAUGCCUCAGUUGACGAAGCAACUAGUGGCCGAAGUCAUGGUGUUUCUCCCUUCAUAGCUACCGGAAUGCGAGGAAUAAAGCACGGCCCACACCUCCACACCACAUGCGAUCAAGAAAAUUCUGUGCUUCUGCGUUGUCGUGCAGGGGAUGUGUUCUGAAUCUAUCACUUUCGAGGAUAUGAUCACUUUUGCAAGUCAUCACUUGGCUGGUGUCUCAAGAUCCUUUGGCUCUGUGCAGGAUGCAUUGGAGUUUAUAGGCAACAGCCUUUCUUGCAUGCUCUCUUGCAUAGUGUCCCUUCCAUAGCACCAGGUCUGCUGUCACCCACAGAUGCCUAUGGCAUCAGGUGCCAAGCCACGCGAAGUCUCUGGAAAGUGAUCACAUCCCUUAAAGUGGUUGUUCAAGAAUACACACCUGCCAAAUCUCCCGGAUUAUCUGGGAGACUUUUGGAUUUCGACCAUUUCUUCUGGUUGUACAGUUGACAAGAAAAUCUCCAGGAAAUUGCAGUUGUGCCGUUUCUAUCUGCAUCCAGCGCUCUGUCUGGCCACAUUUGCAAAAAAAUCCAAACCAAUCCAAUUCAGUUUGAAGUAUAUGGUGCUUAGCAUUUGUUAAGACAGACAGACAGACAAGAAACUUUAUUUGGUUGCAUUGUUAAGAAAGUAGUAUGAAAACACUGCAUGCAUUAUUUCGUUACCACAGCACUGCUAUUUACGCUGGCGGGGUUGUUGGCUGCCCUAGUGGCCCUUGCCUCAUUCAGCUAACUAGCGAAUGCCAUGUUCCGCAACUAGCAACACUAGACUCUUCAAUGUUUCCGUCAUCUUCAGCCGCUUUGGCAUUACAUAGGCCCACUGUCAGUCAUGGCUUAAAGCAAGGAGCAAAAGUGCAAAAAGUAUCUUCAAGUAUUUUAUAGCAGCACUCAACCGAAGUGACACUGGGUAUUUUUUUGAUAUCACAGAGCAAUGCAGUGUGUCAGUGGCAAUUUAGCAUUGUUAAAGACGAGAACAGAGUUCCGUUCGUUCAUGUGUGACGAGACGCCGGGAAACGUCCUCCUUGCAAAAUCUCAAAGAAAUGUAAUGCGAUAUAAUCAAACAUACUCUGAAAAAGCUUUGAGCACCUGUCAUUAUUGCUUAGAGUAUUUGGUGUUGCACGAGGUUGCAGGAUAGGAUAGGAUAGGAAUAACUUCAAUAAAGUGCCGGCAACCGACAGUUUAACGCGUCAUGAUGCUGGCCAAGCAUCGACCUGGGGUUAUACCCUACUCUGCACUACCCCAGUUGGGCCCGUUUGUAGUGGGUCAUGAGGCUUGUGCUUUCCGAGCACACCCCGGGCCUGCUGGACGGCCCAUAGUUGUGUGUCCUUGUCUGCAGACUGCAGUGCACCUUGAAGUUCAGGCGGGUAAGUCCUGGAGGUAGCUGUUGUCGGGAACCUAGCACAGUCCCACGUGAUGUGCCAUUGGUCCGCCGGAGGUCGCAGGAUCAAGUUCCAACUGCCACGAGCGCAUUUUGUACUGUCGUGCAGCUUGCAUUGGAUGUAUGUUAAAGAACCCCAGGUGGUAAAAAUUAAUCCGGAGUUCCCCACUACAGCGUGCCUCAUAAUAAAAUUGUUUGUGGCGCGUAACACUCCAGAAUUUAAUUAAUUAUAUAUUUAAGAAACCUUGAAGGCAAUAUCAGCAACAAGAAAAUGCUUGCAAAAGUGAGACACUGAUGUUCAUGUGGUCAUUUGUAAAUCUGUAAAUAAAGGUUCAAUCAAGUUGUC